AUGCGCCGCUUGAAUCUUCUAAGCCUGCGAUGCCCCAGCAGCAGCAACAGCAGCAGCAGCGAAGAACUCCGCAGCAGCACGGAGGAGUCUGCCUUUGCUGCCAGCUGUGCAGCUGGCGAGGGGGCCCCUACAGGGUAUCAUCAGCAUCAGCAGCAGCAGCUUCAGCAGCAGCAGCAACUGCAGCAGCAGCAGCUGCAGCUGCAGCUGCCGCAGCAGGAACGGGCGGAACUGCGUUUCAUAGACAGCAGCACUCGUGCGUAUAGUGGUGAUGCAGCAGCCGCAGCAGCAGCAAGAGCAGCAGCAGUAGCGACGCAGCAGCAGCUGCACGAUCUGCUGCCGCAGAGGCAGCACACAGAGCAGCAGAAGCAGAAGCAGCAGCAGCAAAAGGCUCGGCAUCGUAGUUUGUAUCCUCCUGAGGGUUUGCAGCAGCUGCUGUCUGCUGCUGCUAGCCCUGAUUCUCUUAUGAUCGGAAACAGCAGCAGCAACAGCAGCAGCAGCAGCAGCAGCAGCAAAAGAUCUUCUCAUCAGCAGUUUAAACUGUCUGCCUACCGCCUCGGUCUUGGAGUAGAGGGUUUGCUGCGAAUAGAUGGGGGGGGCCCCCCUUUGAGGCCCCUUAGAGACCCCAGGAGACGCAGCUCGCAGCAGCAGCAGCAGCAGCAGCAGCAGCAGCAGUUGGUGCCCUUCCAGCGCAGGCAGCAGCAGCAGAAGCAGAAGCAGAAGCAGAAGCGGCAGCAGGAAGAUGUUUAUUAUAGCGAUGAAGACGAGUCUUCAGCUCGUGACUCUGCUGCAGGUGCAGCAGCAGCAGCAGCAGCAGCAACAGCAACAGCAGCAGAACCAGCAGCAACAGCAGCAGCAGCAGCACCAGGCCUUUCUCAUGAAGACUUUAGGUGGGAGGAAGCAGAAUUAGUUGGACGAGGCAGGAGUGCUCUUGUCUUUGCUGCUCUUCAUAUUCCUUCUCGCCUUGUUGUUGCUAUUAAGGAGAUACAUGUGGGGUGCUUUGGGGUGUACACGCACCUCGAUGAAGCAACAAAGACAAACCGCUAUCAGCUCGCUGCGGAGGUUACGGCCAUGUCUCUGUCUGCUCACUGGGUGGGGCCAGCGCAAGCAGCAGCAGCAGCAGCCGCAGCAGCAGCAGCAGCGCCAGCAGCAGCAAGCAGCAAAGGACGGCGACAACUGCAGCAGCCUGCAGCAGCAGCAGCCCGAGAAGCGUAUGGAGCCUUAUCUCUGUCCCCAGCAGCAGCAGCAACAACAGCAGCAACAACAGCAGCAGCAGCAGCAGACUCAGACGGAGCGCCUUCCCCAGCGUCUGCGGCAGCAUCAUCCGAUGCCGAACCCGCAGCAGCAGCAGCAGCAGCAGCAGCAGCAGCAGCAGCACCGCUGCCUACUUUUAUUGUCCCCUUCCUAGGGGCCUAUAGGUGGCUAUCAAGGAGAGGCGGCUGUGUACAUUUAGUAUUUGAGUUUAUGGAGAGGGGGUCUCUAGGCGAUUUGCUGCGAGCAGCAAAGCUUGUUGCUGCUGCUGCUGCUGCUCCUGCUGAUGCUGCUGAUGCUGCUGAUGCUGGGGGUGGCAGCUCGGGGCCUGAGGCUGCUGUUGCUGCAGCAGCAGCAGCAAAGGAGGAAGCAGCAGCAGACUCGCACAAUAAAGACAAGCACAGACGGCAGAAGCAAAUGAAGCAGCAAAUGCAGCAGCAAAUGCAGCAGCAGAAGCAGCAGCAGCAGCAGGCUCCAUUGCUGCAGCAGCAACAAUCCGGUGCUGCUCGCUGGCACCACUGGAGGCGCAGCAGCACCAAGCGAGACAAAACGCCCCCAGCGCAGCAGCAGCAGGAAAUGCAGCAGCAAAAGCAGCAGCAGCAGCAGCAGCAGCAGCAGCAGCAAGGCUCUACAUCUUCUAGGAAGCGAAGGCCCAGAGCUGCAGGCGUCCCUGAGCAAUUCCUCAAACUCAUUGCCUUUCAGCGGGUCGUACACCGCGACAUCAAACCCCAAAAUAUUCUCAUCAGCGGCAGAGGAUAUGUAAAGCUAGCAGAUUUGGGGGUCAGUCGUUGGCUGUCGGGGGAAACCGAAGACCCACUCACUUUCGUCGGCACAGAACUCUACAUGAGCCCUGAGCGUUUGUUUAGCGGUUCAGGGGCGACGUCUCCAUCGGAGGGUCCGGGAUCGUCUCCUGCAGCAGCAGCAACAGCAGCAGCAGCAACAGCAGCAGCAGCAGCAGCAGCAGCAGCAGAAGAGAUGUCGUUUAAAGGUGACAUCUGGAGUCUAGGUGUAGCUCUCUUGGAGCUUGCAACUCUUACACAUCCCUUUAGACAAGGGGUUUCAGGAUGGCUGGAUGCUCUGUAUAAGAAGGCUGACGAGAUAUUUUCGAGGGGUCUGCGAGUAGAAAAGGGUUUAGAGGGGCCUUCUGAGGCAGAAGCAGCAGCAGCAGCAGCAGAAGCAGCAGUAGCAGCAACAGCAGCAGCAAAAGCUGCAGCAACAGCAGCAGCAACAGCAGCAGCAGCAUCGCGCCGAAUCCCUGCUGUCUCUGUCCCCAGAAAGAAUUUUUCUUCGGGUGAUAUUGCUGCUGUAGGCAGCAGCAGCAGCAACAACAACUGCAGCAGCAGCAACAACAACUGCAGCAGCAGCAGCAACGCCAUCACCCAAGCAGCCGUUGCAGCAACGCCUACAGCAGCAGCUUGUGCUUCUGCUGCUGCUGCUGCAGCAGCAGGAGUUCGCAACAACCACUGCUCUCCUACUACAGCGUGCAGCCCCAUGCACCAGCAGCAGCAGCAACAGCAGCAGCAGCAGCUUGAAGAGAGUAUAAUAGCUGGUGGCUGCGAGCUCUCUGAGGCCCCCUAUGUCUUGUUACCUUCAGGGGCCCUGCCUCCCCUAUGCACCCAUUGGGGGCCCCUAGGGGGCCCCCUAGAGGGUUCAUUUGGGGGGCCCCUAGAGGGUUCAUUUGGGGGGCCCCUAAAGGGUUCACUUGGGGGCCCCCUAGAGGGUUCAUUUGGGGGGCCCCCAGAGGGUUCAUUUGGGGGCCCCCUAAAGGGUUCACCUGGGGGCCCCCUAAAGGGUUCACUUGGGGGCCCCCAAAAGGGUUCACUUGGGGGGCCCCCAGAGGGUUCAUUUGGGGGGCCCCCCAGAGGUUUAUAUGGGGGCCCCCAAAAGGGUUCGUUUGGGGGGCCCCCAGAGGGUUCAUUUGUAGUGCCCAGAGAGGAACACCAACAACUGCAGCAGCAGCAGCAGCAACAGCAGCUGCAGCAGCAGCAGCAGCAAGGAGAGAAACGUCUCUCUCUUUGUGUCUACCAGCAAACCCUUGUGGGUUUUGCUGCCCGGGGCCCCUCAGCUGCAGGGGCCCCACAAGUUGCCUCAGUAGAUUGA